CAAUUUUUGGAACCUAUUCUCAUGACUAAGCAGAUGUUUGAUUUGAAACCAGCCCAGUAUAAAUGUCUCUGGGCUUCUAACUCUCUGUAGCUUUCCUGGGUUUCUUUCAGCACUGGGGAAAUCAACCUAUGCACUAAAAAUGUCUAAAACUGGAACCAAGAUCACUUUUUAUGAAGACAAAAAUUUUCAAGGCCGCCACUAUGACUGUGAUUGCGACUGUGCAGAUUUCCACGCAUACCUAAGUCGCUGCAAUUCAAUCAGAGUGGAAGGAGGCACCUGGGCUGUGUAUGAAAGACCUAACUUUGCUGGGCACAUGUACAUCUUACCUCAGGGAGAGUACCCUGAAUACCAGCGUUGGAUGGGCCUCAAUGACCGCCUGGGCUCCUGCAGAGCUAUUCAUCUGUCUAGUGGAGGCCAGUAUAAGAUUCAGAUCUUUGAGAAAGGGGAUUUUAAUGGUCAGAUGUAUGAAACCACUGAAGACUGCCCUUCCAUCAUGGAGCAGUUUCACAUGAGAGAGAUCCACUCCUGUAAAGUGCUGGAAGGUGUCUGGGUUUUCUAUGAGCUACCCAACUACCGUGGCAGACAGUACCUCCUGGACAAGAAGGAGUACCGGAAGCCCAUCGAUUGGGGUGCAGCUUCUCCUGCUGUCCAGUCAUUCCGCCGCAUUAUGGAGUAAUGACGUGGAUGGGGCCAUAGGUUUCUUCCUGAGGGCCAAAUACUGGCUGGCCUCGUGGUCAUAAUAGGCAUCAUAAAUAAAACAAUUGGCAUGCAUCCCACUGCUGACUAUAAUGCCUCUUAAAUGCUUUUAGGAACUAGCAUUGUAGUGCCCUGCCACAGUGAGCGGUCAACCAAAGCAACUCAUCCAUCAGAUCACCAGUUUAGAUCUUUGUGUCAAACAAAAUGAGACUGCAUUAAAAGUUAGAAAAUCAUA